AUGAUUUUAUUAUUUUUUGUGUUAACCAUAUUGAUUAGUAUAGUACAUGGCCAAUAUCCUACUACUACACCUCAACAACAACCCAAUCAACAAACGAGUUCCCAACAACCUAAUCAACAAAUAAAUACACAACAAAUUAUCCCACCACAAAUUAAUGCAACAACAUUUGAUAAUAAGGCAUUUCAAAAACAAGUAAAAGCAGAUUUUGAAGAGGCUCAGAGACAAAGAGUUGUACAAUCAAAUGAACAGAAAAAAGUUGAUCAUUUAACACUAAGUCAAAUUGAAGCACAAAGAAAACAAGUAUUUGAAAACUAUAAUAAAAUGAAAUUAGAAGAAAAAAGAUUAAAAUUAGCUAUUCAUGGAAAACUUCCAGGGCAAAAAGCUGAUUUAAUUUCUGAUCCUUUAUGGAAACGCAUUGGUCUUCCUGAUCCAAGUAUUAAUACAACAAAUCCAAAUAUGACAAAUGGGACAAACCUAACUUAUCCAAACCAACCUUUGUUUACACAAAAUAAAAAAUAA